AGAAUACUGUACUGAUUGGGAAAGGACAAUGAAGUAGAGUAGAAAAAAUCAGGGAAGAGCAAACGCCCAGAAGAGUGUUGGCAGAAUCCCAUGGAAACGUUUCCCACCAUCCUCAAAAGGGAAGAUCCCUGGAGAAUCGGCGAGGAUCUAGGAGGAAACGAGACCCGCCAGUAAAGAGGAGGGGGGCGCAGAAGACAGUAUCCAUGGAAGAGGAGCCCUUGGAACGUAUCGAGUGUGGGAAUGGAGAAAAUGGCGUCACGGGGGCGCACCCCGAAGAGAAGCCCUUUAAAUGUGGGGUGUGUGCCAAGGGCUUUGGGAAUAAGAAACGCCUCAAUGCCCACAUGGUAGUGCACGCUGAGAAUAGAUCCUUCCCGUGUCCGGAGUGCCAGAAGACCUUUGUGAGGGAAGCAUACCUUAGAGUGCAUAUGCGAAUUCACACGGGAGAAAACCUCUUCAAAUGCCUCGAGUGCGGGAAGGCCUUCUGUGAGAAGAACAUGCUGAAGAAGCAUGAAAGGAUUCACAAAGACAUCAAACCUUAUGUGUGUCUCCAGUGCAAGAGAAGAUUCAGAGAGAACUACCGUCUCAUGGUCCACAUGAGAGUCCACACCGGCGAAAGACCCUUUCAGUGUCCGGAGUGCCAGAAGAAGUUCAAGAUCAAAAGAAGUCUUAGAGGGCAUAUGGGAGUGCACACGGGAGAGAAGCCCUUUCAAUGCCUCGAGUGCGGGAAGGCCUUCAGCCAGAAGAACAGUCUGAGAAAGCAUGAGAGGAUUCACACAGGCAUCAAACCUUAUGUGUGUCCCCAAUGCAAGAGAAGCUUCAGAGAGAAGUCCAAUCUCAAUACCCACAUGACAGUGCACACUGAUAAAAGACCCUUUCAGUGUCCAGAGUGCCAGAAGAAGUUCAAGAUCAGAGAAAGUCUUAGACAGCAUAGGCGAGUGCACAUGGAAGAGAAGCCCUUUGAAUGCCUUGAGUGCGGGAAGGCCUUCAGCUAUAAGAGCAGUCUGACGGUGCACGAGUGGAUUCACAGAGUCAUCCAAUCCUGUGUGUGUCCCCACUGUGAGGAAAGCUUUGGGUUCAAAUCCCAGCUGGUGGCCCAUAGGACAAUUCAUGCAAGGGAGAAGCCCAGUGGAUGUGCUGCCUGA